UAUACAAAUCUAUUUUAAAACACCAUUGCCCGUUGCGAAGAUUGAUGUGAUUGCUAUCCCUGAUCUCCCCUCAGUUCGAUAUGUCAGCACAUGUGGCAUGCUGAUAGUAAGAGAGGCUGAAUUGCUUAAAAAUGGUGUUUUUGACAUUUCGCGGGAACUUAUCUAUCAAUGGAUUGGUAUAUGGAUAACUCCUGAUUGGUGGACUGAUGCCAAAGUAAACAAAGCACUAAUAAGUUUUAUAGCAUCAGAAAUAGUAACUGAAAUAAAUGAUGGAGUAGAGUUUAAUGGCAAAUAUCCAAUGACAAUUCUUUACUCAUUGUAUUAUGAGUUAAGCAAGAGGUAUCCCCAUUCUCGCAUAACCGGAAUGAAACAGGAGUCUACGUCUUUCAAAGUGGAGCUUGUUAUUCGAAUGCUUAGACUUUCCCUAGGAGAGCAUACAUUUAAAAUCGCAAUACAAAGAUUAAUUUGCGAUCACAAAUUCAAUACAUAUAAAGCGGUUGACCUGUGGAAUGUUAUUUCCGAACAAGCUAAAGAAGAUAAUACGCUUGAUAGUAAGCUUAGUAUAUUAAAUAUUGCCGAGUCUUGGUUACAGCAAAGCCGUCUGCCACUUAUCACAAUAACGAGAGACUACAAUUUGGGAACUGCAAAUAUUCAACAAAAAGUGUAUCUUCGGGAGAGACCCCACGAUGUACCCGAGCAAGACAAAAUGCUAUGGUGGAUCCCCAUUGCGUUAGUUCGACAAGAUACUCUUAAUUUUCUUAAAUAUAGUCCAUAUACAUGGAUAAAUAAGACUAAGCAAACUACAAUUUUUAAUAUGCCAAGUCAAACAAAGUUUAUAAUUGCUAACCAAGAGGAAAUCGGACCAUUUCCGGUUAACUAUGACGAUAAAAAUUGGAAUAUGUUGCAAAUAUUUCUAAGAACAGACGCUGGAAGGGAAUCAACACCAGUAUAUACGAGUAUGACAAUGAAUCUUAAAAAAGAUCGAUCACCGAGAAGACCCAAUCCGACCGUGGACCCGGUCAUUAUAAUUAAAUUUGAGCACGUGGCCGAUAAGGUCGUAAUACUGCGGGCGGCUGGUGCGUACCGAAGAGGAGUUAAGCAGCGACUAACCCCUCAGCUGCUGGGUAUGAACUCGCUGCUGUUUAUCUGAAAAAGAAGCUCUCAAGAGAAAAUUAUAAGAUCUUUUGGGUCUUUACACGACAGGGGAUUGUUCACGUCAACCAAUGUGCGUUUAGAAUACGCAGAAGCUUUAUGUUCUUCAGAACUUUCUUUGCGGAAUGAAAUUUAGGAUUUUGCCAAAGGGCUUUUUUCUUGAUGAUGACUUGGAGAGCUCCGGACGACCAUAGUUUAUUUCAGCAGAUGACCAACACCUCAAUAAAGUGAAGGAAUUUGUGCACACAAAUCGUCAGUUGACU